CAUUUAGCUACGAAAUUUCAACCUUAAAUUUCACAUUCGAAAAAGUAUAGUUAUGUUUACUUGCUCAACUAAAACUGAAAGGACAUAUUCCAAAAAUAUCUUUUUUGUUGUGUUAUUUACACAUCGAUCUAUCACUUAUUGUAAUUUCAUAUUUUUUACUUUUGAACAACAUUAUAAAGAAUGACUGACGAGUUUCUUGCAUGGGAACUUAUUAACUUAGAGCACAGAGCAGAGCAAUUGGAACAUCGCGUACAGAGGAGACAGUGGCGAAAUAACCACGAUCCUUUAGAUUUAACUGAUGAUAAGUUUAUAAAAUUGUACAGAGUGAGCCCAGACACUGUAACAGAAUUAAAAGAUGUUUUGGGACCACGAUUACAACGUCAAUGUCCAUCAUAUGGUCUCAGCGUAGAACAUCAGACACAAAUUAUUUCGUAUAUUUAUUAUUCAAAAUAGUAUG